CCCCCAGGUCCAGAAGCCACCAGGGUCUCUCAGCUUAGGCCAGAAGUAAGUCCAGCCCAGUUCAGCUGCUGGCUUGGCUCCAACUGUCUCUCCUGGGAACACUCCAAAGGAAUUGUCACCUUGAUUGAUAGCUCUUCUGUCCUCAGCUUUCUGUCUUGCCUGUCUUUGACACUCCCCCAUCUCUGACCUUUCUCCCGGACUUCCAGAGUUCACUGGAACUUGGUCAGAGCCAGGGAAGCAGAACCAGGGGGAGAAGUGAGGAGGAGCCCAAAGAGAGCAGUCACCCAGCUGGGAGAAGCCCCCAUGGAGACGCCUGGGAGACUUUUGCCACCCCAUUUCUAUGAUAUGGAGAAAAUCCAAAGAACGCGAGAUGAGCUUGAGGUUGGAGACCAAGAUGUCUUCAUAGUGACCUUUCCCAAGUCAGGAACCCACUGGAUGGUUGAGAUCGUCAGCCUGAUCUACUCAAAGGGGGAUCCCACUUGGGUCAAGUCUUCCCCUAUGUGGAAACGUUCUGCUUGUGUAGAGAUUAAUUAUGCUGUAGAAAUGGUCAAGGAUAAGGCCAAGCCACGGCUCUUCACUUCCCAUCUCCCAAUCCAUCUCUUCCCUAAGGCCUAUUUUACCAGCAAGGCCAAGUUCCCAUUUCUCUUUCAGAUGAUUUACGUUGCCAGGAAUCCAAGGGAUAUCAUCACAUCUUUGUACCAUUUCCAAAGGCAGCUGCCAUUUUGCCAGACAUUGUUUUCCUUUGAGCAAAUCAUUGAGAGCUUCCUGCAAGGAAAUCCUGUUUUAGGGUCCUGGUUUGACCACAUCAAAGGAUGGCUGCCCAUGAGAGAUUCAGAAAAGUUUUUGUUCUUUACCUAUGAAGAACUUAUUCAGGAUCUCAAGACCAGCGUCGGGAAGAUUUGCCAAUUCCUGGGCCAGGAGCUGAGUGAGGAAGAAAUCGGCUCCGUGGCAGAGAAUGCCUCCUUCCCAGUCAUGAAGAAACACAUGCUGGAAGUCAUGGAGCCCAUCGACCUAGGACACGUGGAGCCUUUCACCAUGCACAUCAUGAGAACGGGAACCUGUGGAGACUGGAAAAACCACUUCACAGUGACUCAGCUGGAAAGAUUCAACAAGGUGUACCAAGAGAAGAUGGCGGGGCUGGGGCCAGACCUGUUCCCGUGGGAUCAGUGCUGAUUCGGGCCCUCGCCAAUCCACCCAGAUAGCGUCUGCAGGCAGAGAGAAUUCUUCCUGCUCUUCCCCAUCCCUGUUCCCCCACUUCCUGCUCUCUCCUCUUAUUAUGUAGCUAGCAAAGAGAAAAGCAGCGUUGGAGAUUCUGGGCGUCCAAUCUUCUUCCUAGAGGAAAAGUUGCCCAGAGCAUCCAUUACUGAGCCGAUGACUGGCCCUCUGCCAGACGAGCCCUGGAGGCUGCCUUCAGGCCGAUGACCCUUUCUGUCCUUGUCAUUCUUUUCCAAUCAAUGACCCUAACCCUAACCCAGCUCACCUCCGGGAAACAAAGAGAAUCACACCAUGGCCUGCUCAUGGCAAAUACUUUCCAAAGUGCCAGCUUUCGCAUGACAAUUAAUCCCUGGUUUCUAGGCCACUCCCGGCUUUCGGGCAAAUCGCACAUAAAGAAGGCUGGUGACAAGGGCGCUUCUCUGGUGGUUUGUUUUGCAUGAAGAGUCUCAUGCUGGAAGGGACAAAACGUCCACCUGUGCCGGCCAAAGUUGAGAUGAUAAAGGAUGACAUCUGCGCCCUGGGCAGACUGAGUAAAGGAAUGGCCCAAAGGAACCAAAUCCGCAUGGCAGAGUUCCACUCUGCUCCCAGAGUUCACCUUCGAACAGGGGAGACUCUCCUCAGUGGAGGCCAGGCUGGGGGUCAUGGGGUGCUUGGGGCACAUGAACAGUCUGCUAUCUUGGUAGCUGGGGGCCUGGCUGAAUAGAAUGAGGCACUGGCAGAGCCCUGAACACGUAACCAUGAGGCAGGACAUUGAACAAUGAUGGGGAAUGAAGACAGGCUGAUCUGAGUCAGCUGACUGGAACUCCCUUGGGCCAGUCGUCCCCAGCAGCCAAGUGGCUACAUAAGCAUUUGGUAAUCAGGUGAUCAGGAAGGGGUAUCAACAGCCUGAGCUGGCCAAGUCACUAGGAUAACUCAAUACCUUUUAAGGAAAAGCCAGCUAACUUGCAUGGGGAUGCGGGUUAGGAUAAUGCUCUUCUCUUGCAAGGCACCUGUCUGAUGCUUGUGCUCCAGGAAAGCAGGGGUUAAUUUGCUUAUAUUUCCGAGGUCCUCAUUGGAGGGGGCACCAUGGGAGGAGGGUGGUCCUGUGGGAUUGUGCACCAUGAGAAUGGGUGGGGGCAAGCAGCAGCAUGGCGAAUGUGAGGAGCCUGAGUAUGCUGAAAAUUCACCAGUAAGAAUCCAGGGCAUCGGCAUGGAGAUAAAAGGGAGAAUUCCUUGGGGAAUGAAGACUGGAAUAUGGCUCAGUAAGAAAGCCUGAAAAGGCCUCAAAAGAGGAAAAGAGCAGUGGGGUACAUGAGGACAGUAGGAGUGUAAAAAUUAGAUUAGUCUCCACUGAUAAAAAUAUUAUAUUUUGUGAGGUUUAUGAAAGAUUAUUAGAAAUCAAGGAUAAAGAAAUACAAAAUAAGGAAAGCACGUGCCUAGGGUUGAUUAGCCCAUUCACAUUCACUUACUACAUCUUGCAUGCCAUAGAGAGACAUGUGUUCUUAAAAGUGGAAGAAGAGAGCGCUUGGGAGGCAGAGAGUACUUUAAAUACUAAAUUGUGUUCUCUCACUCAGGUGAAAUUAUAGGGAGUUCUGGGAAGUACCAAGGACUUCUGGGGAUUGCAGUCCAGGGUUCAAAUCUCCAUUUUACAUUACCCCCCCCCCCGUGAUUGUAUUGGAAACCAGUUUUCCCAAAAGGAUCAUGGAAACAUAAUCAACUUAAAGAUUACAAUAAUAUGAGGAUAAGAGGAAAAGAGAACAAAACCAAUGAUUGCUAGGCACAUUGACAAAAAGCCAGUUAGGGGGCAGGCAGUCCCCUUUGGCAUAAGAGUAUACAUACAAAUUAAAUGUUCACUCAACCACACCCAAAAUUCAUUCUUGAUCUUCUUGUGCAGCUUGUGGUCUGUGGAGGCAUCUUCAUGGUGUCUUCUCCAAACAGAUCAGUUUCUGGAUUCAGAGAGGUAGGAUGUUUCUUAACUUAAAAUUUCUCUCUCAAGGAAUUUAAACUUUGCAAUAUAAAAUAAUAAUAAUUGUACAUUGCCCCCAUGAAGAGGGUGAUUGAAAAACAUGGGGAUCACUUAGGGAUGCAUGGCUGAGUUAUGAGUAUAUGAAUCAAUUGGCAAGAGAAAUUAAAAAGACAUCAGAAAAAAUCCAAAUUAAAAAAGAUAAUUUCUGGAUGAAAUAUAGACUAUCAAUGUAUUCUGUGUAAAAAUUCCAAGUAAAGGGAAAAUAAAUCCAUAACAAGUCCUUGAAUCAGGGCCCAAUUAAAAUGAUAUAAGCAAGUAAGCAUUUACCUAGUCAGUAACCAGUACUACAGAAAGUUGCCACAAUAUGAAAGACAGAAAAGGGACUAGAUUAUAGGAGCCAGGUAGGAGCUAAAUUUGAGAUACUCGUCUGUAAGUAUUUUCACAAAGAGUGUAGAUACAAGGAACUCCUAUGACUUAACAUAUGUCAAGCAUCGCAACCUCGAGUCCACAUUAAUAUUUCCUGUGUGCUCUUUUUGGCACUAUUCAGGUUUAGUUUUGUGCUUCUUUGACCCUGUGCAAUGGCUCUUUUGUAUAUCUUGUCCUGGAAUCGGACAGAAUCAUUAAGCAAAGUCCCAUAAUUUUUUUUAAACAAUUAGUGGCAACAUUUUUAUAGUUGCACACUUUUGGGGAAUGCAUUGACAUUAUAGCAAAUAUAUUUUAAAUUUAUAUUACUGCAAAAUCAAAAAAGUUAAAGAAAAUCUUAAUACUGGUGACAUAUGCUUCAAAUAUAAAAAGGAGAGAAAAAACAAAAGAUGGAAAUAGUAUAUUGCACAUGCAAGAAAAAUAUAAUAAUAAAAGAGUUUUUAAAUUCAAAAAUAUAGCUUAUAACCAUUGACACACUGUGUCAGCUAAGGAAAUAUCGAAUAGAAGGCUUUCUCACAAAAAAUGAGAUCCAUUUCCUCUUCAUACCUGGCCAUGAUCCACUGUGAGGAUGAGCAAAUGAAUUUUAAAAGAUAACGGUUUUUUUAUAAAGAACAGUAGUACAAAUAUGUAGGUAUCAAUAUCCCCAAAAUUUUCAAUAGCCCAGUUAAAUACAAUAGCAAACAAACCCACUAUCAUAUUUUAUAUGAGUCUGCAGUAUGACAUUUAAAGAAACUGGAUACUUGUCACAAACUUUUCAGGUGUAGCAAAUAUUUCAACCUUGGUAAACAUAUUUAAACAAAGUAAAACUCAUUUGGGUCUAGAACAUCAUCAAGAAAUCUAGAUAUCAUUACAAAAAAUGUGGGAGAGGAUUCUAGGAAAAAACCAAACCCCUGUACUGUUGAUGUUGGGUAAAGUGAGCUGAAGAGUUAUAAAUGAGAGAUGCUCCUCUUUUGGGAGUCUUCUAGGGGUACAAUUCCAUGGGAUUAACUUCCCAGCUCCUUUGGUAUGAGACUGUGAUGCCCCAUCUGUUUACAUUUUUAUAAAUGUGGGAGGGGAGGAUUAAAUUUGUACUUCACUUCAGCUAUGAAAAUAGACCUUACCUCCUGUUAGGGGCAGGCAAAAUGACCAGAGAUUGUUAAAAACCAAUUCUAAAAAUCACAUCUAAAGACCCCUUAAAAUCAAUUUGAAAUAUUUAGCUCAUUAAAUUUUCCAAAGUUUGUUAUACAAUUGUAACCAGUUCUGAUGAAGUCCAUCUAUUCUCUUGGUGACAAUUUACAAAUUCAAAACAGAAAAAGGCUGGUUUUAUAUAUGGGCUUAUUCAAUAAUAUUUGUUCAGUAUAGUUAUAGGGGAAAAGCAACAGAAUUUAACAGUAGUUAAAACCCAGUAUAUUAAAAUGAUUCAGUGUAACAGAAUAGUAUUGAAUACAUUAAUAUAUGAACUUAAAACCAUCAAAAUUAAAUCUUAAACAAAACAAUCAGCAAAAUGCAA